AAGACCUAAACAAUCUAUUCAGUCCCACCUACCAUCGAUGAAGUGCGCUACAAUCCUCCUGGCUGUGGCCGUGGCCACAUUCGCCCCUUCGAUCGCCGAGUCUCGCCGCAUCGUCGGUGGCCAGUUCGCCGAGGAGCACCAGUUCCCGUACCAGAUUGGGCUGUUUCUGGAUGGCAACUUCCGGUGCGGUGGCUCCAUCAUCGAUUCCCAGUGGAUUCUGACCGCGUCCCACUGCGUGCUGGACGGCGUUGAUAAAAUCCCGGCCAAGGGUUUCAAGGUGCACGUUGGUUCGGCCAACCUCGAGCAGGGUCAGCUGUACGCCGUGGCCGAAACGUUCGCCCACGAGCAGUACGGAAGCUUCCAGAACGAUAUCGCCCUGAUCAAGCUGCAGCAGAAGCUCGAGUACAGCGAAGGCGUUCAACCGAUCGAGCUGAACACGGUGGAAUUGCCGGUGGACACUCCGGUCAUCAUCUCCGGCUACGGGCGCAUUGGAGACGGCCAACCGAUCUCGGAACAGCUCAAGUACAACACGGCGUUCGUCGAGUCGAAGGAAAUUUGUCGCAGCAUGACGGGACUUUCUGGGAAGGGAUUGAUCUGUUUCAAAUCUCCGGCUGAUAAUGGUGCCUGUAACGGAGAUUCCGGUGGUCCGGCGGCCCACAACGAUAAGCUUGUCGGGGUGGCCAACUUUGUGCUGCAGGGAUGUGGAACUCAGUAUCCGGAUGGGUACGCCGAGGUGGCGUACUACGUGGACUGGAUCAACGAAACUAAGCAGAAGAACUAGAAAAUUCAAUAUUUACAGCAGUUUUUUUUAACAACUGG